GACAUCGGAAGUGUAACAUUCCCUGUCUUUUCCCCCACACUGUACUGCAAACAAGAACGCAUGUCAUUUAAUUUUUUUUGUGACUGAAUAUUUCAGUUUCUUUUUCUACCCGAACUUAUACCUGCUGCUCGGAGACAUAUUCUGACUCAAAAAGACAAACAGCCACUUCUUUCUUUCUUUCAAGCUGGCGAAGGAACGUGAAGUCUGCCGGUUAUAAUGUCACAGGCCACUAAACGCAAACACGUUGUCAAGGAGGUUCUUGGAGACUUUGUCACACCCACAGAAAACCAGCAGAUCGUGAAGGUAACUGGGAGCCGUGGUAACAACCUACAUGAUGCUGUCACAGCUCAGGGUGAGACCUUCUUGGUGAGCAUGCCCACCAAGUUCCGCAAGAACAUCUGGAUCAAGAGAGGUGACUAUGUGAUUGUGGAUCCUAUUGAAGAAGGAGAGAAGGUGAAGGCAGAGAUCAGCUUUAUUCUCUACAAGGAUCACAUUCAGUACCUACAAAAACAGAACCUCUGGCCAGAGGGCUUUAUGGACGAGCAUUCGUCGCAGGAUAAGACAAAGAAAGAGCUGGAAAAGGAUGAGGACGAGGAAGAGGAUGCUAGCGAUUCUGAAGAUGACGAUAGCGACCUCUUUGUAAACACUAACCGCUGUAACUGUCAGUACAGUGAAAGUGAGGAGGAUGAGGACGAUAGCGAAGAGGAAGAGGACGAGGAUGAGGACAAAGAGAAAAGGAGGGAAAAUGCUUCAUAGCAGCAGCACUGAGGACACGGACAAUCAGGAAUUGUGAAACAGAUGUGACAGCAUGCUCUUCUGUGUCGCUGUCAUCACUGACUGAUGCUACGAUGAUCUGAAGUAAUGGUCCACCUGCAACAGCGCCCUCUGCAGUUCAUGUACUGAAUGGCUGGGCUCAUUCAAUGAACUUAGUAAUUCCUGCUUGUUUUACAAAUCUGUGAGAUUAAAAUGUAACUGAAAUUCAACAUGGGAUACAUUUCUACUGUUUUUUGUGAUGAUAGGUCCAUUGCACAUCGCUGGUACAUUAUAUAAAAGGGCACACAGUAUAUUUGUACGAUGACGUUAAAUCUAUUCAAUCUUUUCCGUAGAAAUUUGUUUAAUCUUUGCUGCCAAAGAAAAUCAAAAUGUCUUAUUGGCGCUGGACAUGGUUCUAAAAAUGAUUGUAUCAGCUUGAGUUACAAAUGAAUGUUGUUUUAUUUUUCUCUUACCGAGCAGCAAAGGUUAAUUUGUGAAAUGACUGAAAAGCUCUUGAAAUGGAAUAAAUCCCAAGCAGAAUAUGGUUAUGUCGCACGGGCUCGAUAUCCUCUUGUGCAUGUUUCCAUCUUGCCGGAUUUAACACUUAAUCCUGAAUGCAUCUCAUUAUUAUGCAGUCAAGCAGCCAUCUCCUCCGGAAAAAGUUCUGCAGGCGUCACACUAGCACAUCUGUGGAAAAAAACUACAAUAUAUGGAUUCUUAGAAGAUUACAUCACAGUAUCGCCAGCGCACAGAAAAUUCCAACUGCAAGUGGAACCAGUCCCACACCUUUUUGGCUGACACAUUUCUUCCCCAAGGUGUGCGAAAACUUCGUCAUAACUCAUGACACUGAACAGAA